UAACUAAUCAACCAUGAUAACUAUUUUAAUUGUUAUUGAAUGACCACCAAAAGUAAAAGCAAGUCUAUAUCAUUUUAUAAGAAUGCCUUUGAGACUAACGAUCUAACAUAGCUUUGAAAUUUUGAUCUAACUUUGAGAUUUACCCAUCUUCUUCCCCUAUCUUUUUGUAUACUGACUACCAAAUGGAGUCUGAGGGAGUGUCGUUAUCAUUGAUCCACGAGCAUCCUAUGAUGCUCGUGUAGUUGUGCAAGUGUAGUAAGUAGAGAAGUCUACUAUAAAGUGUAUGUGUGCAUGAUGUUGUAAGGUAUCCAAUUCUAAUAAAGAAAAAGACUUGGAGAGAAGUAACAAUGUAGACAACUAAAACUUACUCUCUUCUCUCUACAAGAACAACAAACGUAAAGAGAGAGUAAAGAGAGUGCGAGCUUGUGUGAUGAUGAUACACAAGUGAUAACAAUGAGAGUGAGAAAGAGAAGAGCUGGCCAUGCAUGAGAGUGGUCAAAACGAACAAGAGCAACAAUAUCAACAGGAACCAUUUUUAUCAAAAUAUAAAAACAAAGAAACUUGAGAGGGGAUAGCGUUUGAGUGGCCAGAGAAAGAGAUGCCCACACUGUUCAACCUCAUGACUUCUUCUUUUUCUUAAUACACGUAUUCAACCCCUUCCUCUUUCUUCAUCUUCUUUAGUAUACGAGAGAGAGAGCAAAUGGAAUCUGAGGGAGUGUGGUUACCAUUUCACGAGCAUCCUAUGAUGCCUUGGAAUGAUCUGAGGAGAGGUGAUUGUUGUGGGAGAUAUGAAUCACAGAGUGACGGCUACUAUUGUAAAAUCUGUGACUUUUUCGUCCACAAGAAAUGUGGCAACAACGAGCUCUCUGAAUUCAUCGACCACCCAUCUCACCCCAAUCACACUCUCCAGCUUCGACAUGAUACAGGAGGUAACAUAUGUGAUUUAUGUUCAAGGGAAAUCGUGAAUCUAUGCUAUCGUUGUGAGAUGUGCGACUUUGAUGUGGACCUUGACUGUGCCAAGUACCCACCACCAAAUGUUAUUGACAAUUUCGAGAUGCACCCCCACAAGCUCAUACUUCUCAAGGAACAGACUGAGUUCCACUGUUCUGCUAAAUGCGGGAAGGCCGGUGGUGGACUUCCUUACAAAUGUGAUGAGUGCGAUGUAGCCUUCCACGUGGAUUGUGUAUGGCACCCAGUAACAGAUCAUCCGACAGAGGUAAACCAUUCUUACCACUCAUUGCAUCCUCUUAAGCUCCUCACGGGGGAACCACCAUACUAUUCUGAUGGAAAAUGUCGUCUUUGCGGAAGAGAGGUUGAUAAAGAAUUGUUUUAUCAUUGUUCUUCUUGCAACUUCACACUGGAUAUGCCUUGUGUUUUGAACCCACCACAAAAAUCUCUUGUUGAUCCGAAAGUGCAUGAUCACCAACUCACCCUUCUUCCAAGACUCGAUUCUUUUACUUGUAAUGCUUGUGGUCUAAAGGGAGAUCGAAGCCCUUACACAUGCUUUGAUUGUGGUUUCAUGAUCCAUCAAGACUGUCUUGGCCUUCCACGUGUCAUUAACAUCAAUCGCCAUGAUCACCGUGUUUAUCGUACUUCCGUUCUUGGUGUUGUGGACUCUGUAUGCAGAGUUUGUCGCAAGAAGGUGGACUGGACUUAUGGUGGGUUUUCUUGUAAGAGGUGUCCUGGCUAUGUUGUUCAUUCUAAAUGUGCCACCAGGGGUGAUGUGUGGAAUGGAAAAGAACUCGAAGGAGUACCUGAAGAAGAAGAAGAUAUAGAACCAUAUGUGGUGAUAGAUGACAACACAAUACAUCAUUUCAGCCACAAAGAGCAUUACCUAAGACGAAUCCAUGGGAAUGGUGUUCUCUAUGAGGAUAACAAGUGGUGUAGUGCAUGCACCCAUCCCAUCGGUUUCCAAUCCUUUUAUGACUGUAUGGAUUGUGAUUUUUCUCUCCAUCAUAAAUGUGCUGAAUGUCCUAAAAAGAAAUGGCAUGUGCUACACAAUGAACGGCUCACUUUAGUUACAAACAAGGAGCUAGAAGUCUUCAAUUGCUAUGCUUGUCAUCAAGAGUCCAAUGGUUUCAUGUACAAGCAUGGGAAUAGGAAACUAGAUGUUUUGUGCGGUUCAAUUUCCGAGCCAUUUGUCCAUCCAGGUCAUCCCCACCAUCCCUUAUAUCACAUUCCCGUAGAAGGUGAAACCAUAUGCAAUGGUUGCAAGGGAUAUAUAUAUAGGACGGACAUCAGUUGCAUUGAAGGUGAUUGUGGAUUUCUAUUGUGCUUCCAGUGUGCCACUCUACCACAAGUGGUAAAGCACCGAGUACAUGAUCAUCCUCUCUCACUAUGCUAUGGCGAAGAAGACGUGAGUGGUAAAUACUGGUGUGACAUUUGUGAGAAAGAAACCGAUCCAAACAACUGGUUCUACACAUGCAAAGAUCAACAAGCUAUUUUGCAUACAAAGUGUGUGCUUGGAGACUCUGGAAGGCUCAUGCCAGGAAGCGUAGCAAAAGUGUGGAGCAAUUGCUAUAAGGUGGUUCUCAAUAAUAGUGUAACUCGCCCAUUUUGCAGACAGUGUAAGUCUCAUUGCAAGUACCCUAUCUACCUCAAGUUGCUUGGAACCUCAGAGAAAUACAUUUGCUGCUCUUUCUUAUGCGCAUAUGUAUGGGGAUGAAUCAUUAAAAUUGUAAGGUAAUAAAGUAUGCCAUGGAGGCAAGAUGUUUAUAAGUUUUAGUUUCUUAUAUUUUUCCUUGGACAAGUUCACUUUUAUUAUGAGUUGAUCUUCCUAAUGUA